GUAACCGCUCGAACUAUUAAAACAUUGGUCGAAAAACCCCUCGUCCCAAAUUAGGGUUUAAGAAUUGGCGCCUUGAGGUGAACUGAGUUAUUUGUUUUUGGAGUUCGAUCUGAUCUCCUGAUUGGAAUUCUGAGGAAUCCGAAUCCAUAAUGGCGACAAGAAUUGGAUUGGUGCUUCCUCAGCCGGUGACGUUUGUGACCGGGAACGUCAAGAAGCUUGAGGAAGUUCGAGCAAUAUUGGGCAACUCCAUUCCUUUUCGUUCUCUCAAGCUUGACUUGCCGGAGUUGCAAGGCGAACCAGAAGAUAUAUCGAAAGAGAAGGCUCGGUUGGCUGCUAUCAAGGUUAAUGGGCCGGUUCUGGUGGAAGAUACAUGCCUCUGCUUCAAUGCUUUGAAGGGUCUCCCUGGGCCAUACAUCAAAUGGUUCUUGGAGAAGAUCGGCCACGAAGGUCUGAACAAUUUGUUGAUGGCAUACGAGGACAAGUCAGCAUAUGCUUCAUGCAUCUUUUCAUUUUCUCUUGGGCCUGAAUCUGAACCGAUCACAUUUGUGGGAAAAACUCCGGGAAAAAUUGUUCUUCCGAGAGGCCCUAAUGAUUUUGGUUGGGAUCCAAUUUUUCAACCUGAUGGCUUUGACCAAACGUAUGCUGAAAUGUGCAAGGAAGAAAAGAACAAGAUAUCUCAUCGCUAUCGUGCUCUUGCGCUGGUGAAAUCUCACUUUGCUGAAGCUAAUUACACAAGCCCGAUCCAAGACUAAAGAUUGCUUACAAAAACAUAUCCAUAGAGGUUUAAAUUAUUCACGUGUCAUAUGGUCGAACUGACAACUACACAUUGUGCUUUUUCCCCAAAUCUUAAAGUUUCUAUCCAAUUCCUACCUGUAUUUAGGAAUGAAAGAGAGAGGGGUUGGAAGCCAUGUGUAUGUGUGUGGAAACAGAAUGUAAGGUGGUGGGUAGUUGCUUUCUUUGAUUGAUUCUAUGGUUCCCUUUCAACAAUCUCUCUUAUCAGUUGUAAAGUGGAGCAUAAGGCAAAGCCUACCAUGUGUAGUAGAAUAGUCUUCAACUGAAUUUAGUUCUUGGAAUGAAUUAUUACACUUUGGAAUACUCUCUUCAAAUA